CGUCAUCGAUCGUAUCAUCAUCCGUCGCAGGGGAGGGGGGCGAUGAGCGGACGAGGAGAGAAGUUGGAUCUUGUCCAGGAGCAUGGUCUUGGGGGCUAUGAUUCAGAAUUCAGUGAAGAUGAAAAUGACGGUGAGACAUCCAACUGUAAAAGUCGAAGAACAAAUAAAGAUGCUGCGCUACUUACGAAGCCAUUCCAAAAGGAAAAGUAUGCCCGGUUGGCUCACAAGCAAGUUGCAGUUCAAGAACGGGACAGAGAGGAAGCAAGAAACCGACGUUUCCAUCUUAUUGCCAUGGAUGCUUAUGCACGACACAAGAAAUACAUCAACGAUUACUUGCUGUACUAUGGUGGCUCAAAAGAAGACUUGAAACGAUCAACAGUGAAUGAUAAAACAGACCUGGAUGUGAUAAAAGAAAACCAUAGGUUUUUAUGGAGAGAGGAUGAUGAAGCCGAUAUGACUUGGGAGAAAAUGCUGGCAAAGAAAUACUACGAUAAAUUAUUCAAAGAAUAUUGUAUAGCUGAUUUAAGCAGAUACAAGUGCAAUAAGUUUGGAUUUCGGUGGCGAGUGGAUAAAGAAGUGAUUUCAGGGAAAGGUCAGUUUUGCUGUGGUAACAAGCACUGUGACGAGAAAGAAGGACUGAAAAGUUGGGAGGUUAAUUUUGGUUAUAUAGAACAUGGGGAGAAAAGAAAUGCCCUUGUGAAACUGAGAUUGUGUCCAGAAUGCUCCUAUAAAUUAAACUAUCACCACAGGAGGAAAGAAGUGAAAGCAGUAAAAAGGAAACAUCGAGAGGAGGAACACCACCAUGACAUCCCAGCAGAAAAAAGAACCAAGACCACAGAGAAGCAUAGUUGUAAAAGCAAGGGAAAAUCCAGCCUAACAGAAAACUUUGAUUCUGACCAAGCCUGACUGCCAUGCCAGCUUACGUAACAGUGACAACACUUCCGAAGUAUUCCACUGAUUGAGUUGAUUUGGGAAAAUCUGAAAAAUAAUGGGAGCCGUUUCAAUGCAAACGGUUUCUUUCAGGUCAGUCCUAACC